AAAUUGUCAUCCCACAAUCACAAUAUUUGAAACAAAAAUCCAUCAAACAAAGAAAAAAAAUCUAUAAACAUGGAUUUGAAAACCUAGAAAUUUGGGUUCCUUGAUCCCAUGUUGCUGGGUUCCAUAGAACCCAAAACUGGGUUCAAAUGAACCUAGAUCGUAGGGUUCCGAAGAACUUGGAUGAAUCCAGAUUGCUGGGUUCCGAGGAACUUGGAUCUGGGUUCAAACGAACCUAGUUCACUAGGUUUUGCAGAACCAAAACUGGGUUCAAACAAACCUAACGUUCUAGGUUCAAACGAACCCAAAUCAUUGGGUUCUAUGAUGUGGAAGGAAUGAAGAGUGGGAGAGAGAGGUGAAGGAGGAAGAGAAGGAGAGCAGUGGAGGAUAGAGAAAGGCACUUUACCAAUGGCCUGCUGCAGAUAAUGGCCAUGUACAGAAGGCAUUCUUAAAUUGUAUGAAAUAUAGAUGGAGUGACAAUAUUAGAGAUGAGAGGAUAAAGUGGGAUGAGGACCCAACUUAUACUCCAUGUUCGAUCCCAGCUCAUUUAUGGUCCAAGAUGCAAGAAUAUUGGAACUCUAAAAAAUUCAAGACACUUAGUGAAAGUGGGGCAAAGAAUAGGAACUCUUGAGAAAGGAUGACUUACACCACUGGGUCUAUUAGCUUUGACAUCCAUGAGAUCUGGAUGGGAUUGGGUCACAAGCAAAUCCAGAGGAUGAUUUUUUUAUUACAAGAAGAGACAAUCCCAAGACAACUUGAUGGCUACAAUGAUGAUAGCUAACUUUGCCAAGGAGCAAGCAUGCCAGAAUGAGCAUGUGACAAAACAAAAUGAGGUUGUGGUGAAACAACAUGAAGAGUUAGAAAGGCAACAUCAACAAAUGGCUCUAAUGCAACAACAGCUAGCCUAGAUGACAGAGGCUCAAAAUAACAUGAGCCAAACUAUUGCACAAUCUGUUGCGACAGCUCUCACUGCUUAUGGCAUCAACCCUCAAGCAGGUCAUCAUAUAUUGCCUCAACACAUAGCUAGGGCUCCGGUGUCUGCCCAAAUACACCCUUCACCUACUACACUGAUUCCACCCAAACUUCUCCCAUAGUGCUUGGAUAUCAGUAGCAGCAAUAGCCUCAGCCUCAGCCUCAAGAUGAUGUUUACCAUCCUAUUUUUGAUCCAAAUUAUCAGGCUUCUUAGUUAUGCUUUUUGAUACAUUGUCUGCACACUUUGCAUUGUUGUCUUUUUAUUUCUAUUAAUACUUUUAACUGCUAGUUUUAGCUUCAUUGCAAUAUCUUUUCAUAUUUUGCUUGAUCUCCAAUAUUCAUACUUUAAAAAAUAUGAAAUUUUGGA